UUAUUGAACCGUCAUGCGAGCUUGUAUAUCGUCUGAACAGUGAUAAUCGUUUUUCAUUUGGAUACGCUCAAGACGAACAACUGAUGUAUCUAUUAGACAAAUUGAAAAGCCUGACAGGAUGGUUAAAUCUGGUAGCUGCAGAGAAAGAUAAUUCUAAGCGGACCGGAGCCAACUCACUUGAUGCUGAAUAUCGUUUUCAGUAUUCAACUUUAAUAGAAGCCUCAGAUUUACAUCGUGAUUGUUAUCAAUCCUCCUACUGUCCAAUGCCAAUUAAUGAAAAGUGUGUGUCAAUACAGAAUUUACAAUAUGUUUAUUACAUUGAUAAGAUAAAUCAAAAUAUACAAAGAACAUGGAGUUCACUAUAUGAUUGUUAUUGGUUGGUAUUGACAUCCACAUUAUCCGAAUUGAAUGCUUAUUUACCAAGUAUCAACAGUGAAUGGAUCGAAAAGGAUGCUGUGAGAAGACUUCAAGAGCAUGAUCGUCGUCUACAGCGUGAAAUGUCACGUAUGGUAUCAGCUCAUGAACGUCAACAAGCUGUAUUGAAGCGUCGUAUUGAAGUCGCAGCAGCUGCUGAACGUCGACUGAAGGAAUUGUUGUUACGUCAGAAAGACGUGAAACAGGAACGUGAUAAACGUCCAUCAGAAGUUAAUAAUCCUACAAAGGUGAGUUAGUAUCUUUGUGUUGUAAUGACAAG